AUGUUCAUACGAAUAUUUAGUGGAUUAAAAUUGGUGGAAUUAUUUUUGAAGGAUGAAACUAAAAAAGUAUUUGCCACUUGUAGAAAUCCAGAAAAUGCUACGAAAUUGAAUGAAUUAUUGGAAAAGUAUCCGAGUCGUUUGGAUAUUGAUAUGAUUGAUGUUUCAAAGGAGGAGACUAUUAAGAAUUAUGUUGAAAAAAGAAGGGAUUCUGUUAAAUUCAAAGUACUGAUAAAUAAUGCAGGAACUUAUUCCUUGGAUCGAUUUGAAAAUCUCCAAAAUGCUACCAAAGAAGGGAUGCUGUCUGUAUAUGAAACUAACUGUAUUGGACCAAUGCUAAUGAUGCAACAUUUGUAUAAUAAUCAAUGUUUUGAAAAUGAUGCAAUUAUUGCCAAUAUUUCGAGUGGUAUGGCCAGUAUUAAUAGGACAAAUAGGCCAAGAAAGAGAGUGAGCUAUUGUACAUCAAAGGCAGCAUUGAAUAUGUUAACAAAAAUGAUUAGUAUAGAGUUGGAAGGAGUUUACUGUUUUUGCAUUCAUCCUGGUUGGUAUUAUUCAGUUAUUUUAAUUUUAUUUAAUUCUUAA